AUGUCCAUCCUUCUUCCCCUUUACAUCUACCCCUGGGCCGGGGCAUGGGAUCCACUCUACUCGGCAGCUAGAACCCACCCCAAUCUCAACAUCACCGCUAUUAUCAACCCCUGCUCGGGUCCUUGCGCAAAUGGCAUCGCUGAACAGCCCUACAUCACCGAAAUACCGAAGCUCAAGCAGUACCCUAAUAUCCGGACUCUGGGAUAUGUAGCCACGAAUUACACUAACAAACCGAUUGAUGCUGUCGUGCAAGAGAUAUAUACGUAUGCGAACUGGACGAAAACUAUGAAUAAUCCGAGUCUAGCCAUGGAUGGGAUUUUCUUUGAUGAGGUGCCGGGCACGUAUGACUGGCACUAUAGGGACUAUCUGAAUCUAGCAAAGGACGCGGUUAAAGCUAGUAGUGGUUUGGGCCAAAAAUUUAUCGUCCAUAACCCUGGCACCAUCCCCAACAUUAAUUGGAACUACCUCGAAAUCGCCGACGUCACCGUUGUCUACGAGGAAACGUAUAUGAAUUUCCUCGACGCGCCGAAUUUCAAUGCCUUGAAAGCUCUCUCCAACAACACACACUUUCCGAAGUCAAAAAUGGCGGUCAUGUUGCACACUGUGCCGAAUAUUCCAGAUGAUCUGCUAGAUUGGACAGCAAAGCAGCUGAAGGAUAUGGUGGGUUGGAGCUUUAUGACUAGCGUCCAGACCAAAGGGGAAUGGUGGCAUAGCUUCUCACCUCUAUUUGCGCCGUUCUUCAACGCUGUGGAUAGAAACAAGUGA